GGCAGGAAGUGUUUGAGGAAGUGGCGCUGGGCUGGCUGCGUGGGGACCCUGAGUUUUCAUGUCCUCUGUGGGUGUCGCUGGCGGCCCCGCGGCCCUCGGGGCAGAGUUAGCAGGGCAUCAAUAUGAGCUGGUCACCAUCCCUCCCAACCCAGACCUGUGGGGCCUGGGAAAUGAAAGAACGACUCGGGACCGGGGGAUUUGGAAACGUCAUCCGAUGGCACAAUCAGGCGACAGGAGAACAGAUUGCCAUCAAACAGUGCCGGCAGGAGCUCAGCCCGAAGAACAGAGACCGCUGGUGCCUGGAGAUCCAGAUCAUGAGAAGGCUGAACCAUCCCAAUGUUGUGGCUGCGCGGGAUGUCCCUGAGGGGAUGCAGAACUUGGCACCCAAUGAUUUGCCUCUGUUGGCCAUGGAGUACUGCCAAGGAGGAGAUCUCCGAAGAUACUUGAACCAGUUUGAAAACUGCUGUGGCCUGCGGGAAGGAGCCAUCCUUACCCUGCUGAGUGACAUUGCAUCAGCACUUAGAUACCUCCAUGAAAACAGAAUCAUCCACCGAGAUCUGAAACCAGAAAACAUUGUUCUGCAGCAAGGAGAGCAACGGUUAAUACACAAAAUUAUUGAUCUAGGAUAUGCCAAGGAACUCGAUCAGGGCAGUCUGUGCACUUCCUUUGUGGGGACCCUGCAAUACCUGGUAAGAAAUGGGCCCAAGGGCUUGCUUCUCAGUCCCUGUGAUGUUCAUGAAAUCUUGGCCUUCUCUCUGACCCUCAUCCCGGUGGGGAAGGCUUCGCCGUUUUCCCAUGGGUCUGAGACUGUAGCCUUUGCCAUGGCGGUGUCCAUGUUACCAGCACACAUUCACUGGGGUCGUCAUUCACCCAAGGCCCCCUCUGCUUCCCACACGAGGCAUACCAAAGUCCGGCAGAAGAGCGAAGCGGACAUUGUUGUCAGUGAAGACUUGAAUGGAGCGGUGAAGUUCUCCAGCUCUUUGCCCUUCCCCAAUAAUCUGAACAGUGUCCUGGCGGAACGUCUGGAGAAGUGGCUGCAGCUCAUGCUCAUGUGGCACCCUCGACAAAGGGGCACGGACCCCCAGUAUGGUCCCAAUGGUUGCUUCAGAGCCUUGGACGACAUCCUAAACUUGAAGCUGGUACAUAUCUUGAACAUGGUCACAGGCACCGUUCACACAUACCCUGUGACAGAGGAUGAGAGUCUGCAGAGUCUGAAAACCAGAAUCCGGGAAGACACGGGAAUCCUGGAGAAAGACCAGGAGCUGCUGCAAGAGGCGGGGCUGGUGCUGCUCCCAGACAAGCCUGCUACCCAGUGCAUCUCAGACAGCAAGCCAAAUGAGGGCCUCACGUCGGACAUGGACCUUGUUUUUCUCUUUGACAACAGUAAAGUCACCUAUGAGACUCAGAUCACCCCCAGACCCCAACCUGAGAGUGUCAGCUGUAUCCUUCAGGAGCCCAAGCGGAACCUCUCUUUCUUCCAGCUGAGGAAAGUGUGGGGUCAAGUCUGGCACAGCAUCCAGACGCUGAAGGAAGACUGCAACCGGCUACAGCAGGGACAGCGAGCCGCCAUGAUGAAUCUCCUUCGGAACAACAGCUGCCUCUCCAAGAUGAAGAACGCCAUGGCCUCCAUGGCGCAGCAGCUCAAGGCCAAGUUGGAUUUCUUCAAAUCCAGCAUCCAGAUUGACCUGGAGAAGUACCGAGAGCAGACUGAGUUCGGGAUCACAUCAGAGAAGCUGCUGCUGGCCUGGAAGGAGAUGGAGCAGGCUGUGGAGCUGUGCGGGCGGGAGGAUGACGUGAAGCAUCUGGUAGAGCGGAUGAUGGCCCUGCAGACUGAUAUCGUGGACCUACAGAGGAGCCCCAUGGGUCGGAAGCAGGGGGGCACACUGGACGACCUAGAGGAGCAAGCGAGAGAGCUCUAUAGACGACUCAGGGAGAAGCCGAGAGACCAGAGGACAGAUGGUGACAGUCAGGAAAUGGUACGGCUCCUACUCCAGGCAAUCCAAAGCUUCGAGAAAAAAGUACGAGUGAUUUACACACAGCUCAGUAAAACUGUGGUCUGUAAGCAGAAGGCACUGGAGUUGCUGCCCAAGGUGGAAGAAGUGGUGAGUCUUAUGAAUGAGGAUGAGAAGACCGUGGUCCGGCUCCAGGAGAAGCGGCAGAAGGAGCUCUGGAACCUUCUGAAGAUCGCCUGCAGUAAAGUCCGAGGUCCUGUCAGUGGGAGCCCAGAUAGCAUGAAUGUGUCUCGGCUUAGUCACCCUGGUCAGCUAAUGUCCCAGCCGUCCAGUACCUGUGACAGCUUGCCUGACUCAGCCAAGAAAAGUGAGGAAUUGGUGGCUGAAGCACACGCCCUCCGCACCCGGCUAGAGAGCACGCUGCAAGAUACCGUGAAGGAGCAAGACCGCAGCUUCACGAGUCUAGACUGGAGCUGGUUACAGGUAGAGAACGACGAAAGGGGUAGCCUGGAGCAGGCCUGUGACUGAGGUUCCUAUGGACUGACCCCAUGCUCUGGAUGUGAUGAUGCUUGGGUGUCUCCAGCACCCAGCUGGAAAUCUCACUCUCCCAGCAACUGUGACGUUUGCCCUCGGCAGCCUGCUGGCCCCGUCUGCACACUGGACGUCCUCUGCCACAGAAGCACAGAAAGUACCAGUUACGGGCAUUCACAGCAUCGACGCUUCCUAGCUGCUUCCUCUGUCGUUAAGAAGAAAGCGUUGAGUAGUUUGCCACCCAGAGCAUAUGGCAAAUGUUUGUCCUGAGUGUUUCCAGGCAGCAGCCAAGCUGCCCACUGUGGACCACUGCAGGGAGAGAGACCUGCCCUGCCCAUCCUUCCUCACCCCACAGCUCGGGCUUCCUCUGCAUCCAGAGGAUCAAAUCAUAAGUUUGACGGUCCUGACUUUCUUCCUCUUUUCACCUCCCCACUGGCAAAUAUCAUUUCUGCUUUCUAUGCUGCUCAUUGUGGCAAAUGAUCUUUAACCAAGUUGUAGUGAUGCCAAGAUCCCUGCAAGCCACAGAGUGUGCCACUUACAGAGCCAGGCAGACUGGAAAUGCAGCUACCUUCUCUUGAGUCCCAAAGAUUACCUGGAAUCAGUUGUCAUGAAGAAGAAAGACAGACGAAGGGUUUGUGCCUUCUGCUACCCUACUGAACACUCUGCCACUCCUCUGUGCCUGCCAGGUGUGUGUGUGUGCAUGAGUGUGCAUGUGCGUGAGUUUAGGAUGGGAUGUUGCUGCCUCUUCCUUACAGUAGCUAAGAGCAUUGUUAAAAUGGUUUAUUUUAUAAAUAGUUUCUAUAUUUUAUAACAUUACUCAGAUAUAUAUUCUAGUAUCAAAUGUGUAUUUCUACAAUAUACCAUCACUAGUUCUUGUGAGCUCAAAACUCAACACCAUAGAAAAUUCUGUAAAAUUGAAUGGAGUAUGUCUAGAUCAUGAUCAUUUCAACAAAACUUGUGUUUAUCUGUGCGUGUGUGUGUGUGUGUGUGUGCGUGCAUGUAUAAAAGCAAAACAGGCUCAGGUUAUCAUAAACAGGUUUAUUUGGUUAGAAAAGAAACAAACUGGGAACAGGAAUUUCAAAGUGGCCACCACAGAGUCGGCAUGAAGCAUCAAUGGUCAAGUGUUCAGAAGGGACUUUGUACUUUGAUUGCUUCUUAGAGAGUCAAACUGUACACUGGUAAACUAUCUGAAAACUCAUAAUAAAGACCCUGGCUUAAACUUAAUGUAAACU